CGCUCGGAUGAAGGCAGACCUCAGAGCGCGUCCCAGUGGCACGCAGAGAUCCGCGCUGUGCGUUCCUGAAGCCCCUCACCUGCAUGAAGCGGAGAUGGAGUUCAGAUAGACGCACCGCUCCAGCCCUGGGACUGAUCGCUACGACUUCCGCUCUGGAUUUCUGCACUUCAUGUUUAGUCGCCCUGAGAAAAUGUGGAGACUCACCAACUUGUUGGCCUGUCUGCUGGUGUUGUGUAAGGACGCGUCCUCACAGAACAAGAUCUUUGGGGACACCGAGCCUGUCAGGAUGACAUCAGAGGGCUCAGACUGCCGCUGUAAGUGCAUCAUGCGUCCUCUAAGUAAGGACGCCUGCCAGCGGCUGCGCAGCGGCAGCGUGCGCGUGGAGGACUUCUACACAGUAGAGACGGUCAGCUCGGGAUCGGACUGUAAGUGCUCCUGCACGGCUCCGCCAUCCUCACUCAACCCAUGUGAGAACGAGUGGAAGAUGGAGAAGCUGAAGAAACAGGCCCCAGAGUUAUUAAAGCUCCAGUCUAUGGUGGACCUCCUGGAGGGAACCCUGUACAGUAUGGAUCUACUGAAGGUCCACUCCUAUAUCAACAAGGUGGUCUCUCAGAUGAACACCCUCGAAGAGACCAUCAAAACAAACCUUACGCGAGAGAAUGAAUAUGUACGGGACAGCAUGACGAGCCUGACCAACCAGUUUAAAAAAUAUGAGAACUACUCCAACAUCAUGAUGAGCAUCAAGAAGGAGAUCUCCUCUCUCAGCCUGCAGCUACUGCAGAAAGACGCGUCUGAGAGCAAAGCACAGGACACUCAUGAUGAGAAAGUCAAGCCUCCAGGAAAGGUAGCAAACAAAAAGAUUCCUGCUGCCAAAACGCCUCCAAAAGCACCUAAAGAAAAACCAGUCAAGCCCAAGAAAGAGGUCGUAAAGCCUGGGAAGCCCUCUAAGCCCGACCCGACCCCAAAAUUGAAGGUGGUUGGCCAGCAGCCUGGCGUGGUGAGGAGCAUCACAUACUACAAGGCCUCUAAGACCAACCAAGAUGACCAAAGAGGAGACCACUCUGUGAAAACACACCCGGCCCAUCAUCUAACAGAAAGUGAGCCUGAGGAUGGAGGGACUGAAACUAUCCUAGAGCCUGUUGAGGGAACUGUGGCUGAGACCUUUGACCCCACUACAGCUCCCACUGCCACCACCACCACUACCACCACCACCACCACAACGUCCACCACCUCAGAGCCCACUACUACCACUACCCAAAGCACCCCACGGUUAGAAAGACCAGCUCCUACUAUUGUGCUGGUGCUGGACAACUCCAACAACAACAGUCGGCCCAGCCUCCACAGAGAAGGGAAGAUUCUCAACUGUGAAGGAACUCUGGCAUCCAUUGAGCAACCAGAGAAACAACACAGCUAUGGGCGCAAUGAGGGAGCCUGGAUGAAGGAUCCUUUGGCUAAGGACUCCAAGAUCUACGUGACUAAUUACUACUAUGGCAACAACCUGGUGGAGUUCCGUAACCUGGAUAACUUCAAACAAGGGCGUUGGAGUAAUCUUUACAAACUGCCCUAUAACUGGAUCGGGACCGGCCAUGUGGUUUAUAAUGGAGCGUUCUACUACAACAGGGCCUUCACGAAGAACAUCAUUAAGUAUGAUCUGAGGAUGCGAUAUAUGGCAGCGUGGACUCUGCUGCACGAUGUCGUCUAUGAGGACACCAACCGCUGGAAGUGGAGGGGACAUUCGGAUAUUGACUUUGCAGUCGAUGAAAGUGGUCUGUGGGUAAUCUACCCAUCUCUGGACUAUGACUACAGCCAGCAAGAGCUGAUUGUGAUUAGCAAACUGGAUCCCGGAGACCUGUCCCUGAAAAAGGAAACAACCUACCGAACAGGCCUGAAGCGGAACUCUUAUGGAAACUGCUUCAUCAUCUGCGGUGUCCUGUACGCUGUCGAUGUGUACAACCAGAAAGAAGCAGAGGUGAACUAUGCUUAUGACACCCACACAAAUACGGAGGCAAUCCCUCGUUUGUCAUUUACCAAUGAGUACUCCUUCACCACCCAGAUCGACUACAACCCAAAGGAUAAGCUUCUGUAUGCAUGGGACAAUGGCAAUCAGGUCACAUAUCAGGUGAAUUUCAUUGAGGAAUGAGCACAGGUAUUUUUUGUCCAGGCUUGCCAGGAUGACCACCAGUUAGAGGAUGCUCAGUAUUUAUCUGUAAGAACUCAUGUAGAACCUAUCAUUGGACGUAGAUCUGUUUUUGGGCCUCAGUCAGGCUUUACAACCUUCCCCGAUAUCAUCUAAAGCAUGUUGUUAUACAAUUUUCCAAUCCUUACAUUUUUUUUGCACAGCCUUAGAUAAUAAAUUAUAAUAACAAAUUGAAAACAAUAUUAUUUUCCUGGUUUAUUACCAAUCAUCUGACUACUGAAUACAAACUGGGGCAGAAAAUGUCUUUCUAAGAAUAUAUUUGAUCAGUUUUUCUAUUUUGUUGUCAAAAAAACCCUAAAAAGAAACUCACAACAACCAAAGUCAAAGUCCUUGUUUGGAUGAACAAACUUUGUGUAGAAAAGCCGAUUCUGAUUCUAGCUGAAUGUUCAUUCUUUAUCAAACAUGUCAAGAUAUAUAUAUACACAACAAUGUUCCCUCAUUGGUGUAUCUUUUCUUUACAUUAUGCAUUGAACAGAAAUGUAAUCAUUUGGUGUUGAGGACAUGCAUAAAAAGGCAGAGCCUUUUCAUUUACCUUGUUUUUUCAGUUUACACCAUAUACUUUCAGUUUGUUUGAAAUCCAGGCUAUGUCUGGGCAGGUGACUGAGCUCAUCUGCCUUUCCUGAAUAAAAGUUUGAACGCUCUUUGCUUGGUGUAAAGAUGCAUUAUUAUUCUGACAAAUCCUGAUUUUAUUAUUAAGCUUUCUUUGGAUUGAUGGAAUAAGAAAUGUUAGGAAGGUGCGUGCCGCACAGUAAACCUGGCUGGAAAUGUGGUUAUGUGAAACCAAUAGAUACCAGCAACACUGUACUUUGGAUUUUAUAUGUGGUCAUAAUCAUUCAUAUUUUGAGUCAAAUGGUGAUCAGAAACAACAUGAAGAGCUGAUCUGUUCCUGAAUCACCUGGAUUUUGAUUUAAGUCUUUUUACUGAAUCAGGAAUCAGGAGUCUGAGCUCUCCAUUAACCCAUUUCAUAUCAGAGCUCACGCUCACUGCUGCUGUCGUAGAUGCACAAGCAGAAUUAAUGAAAUCACUGAAUGGCGGCAGACUCUCUUCAAACACGACAGACUUAGAGGAUUCUGUCUGGAGUUGGCAGACAGUGUUUUGUGGAAAUCACUAAUGUGUUGAUGUAGUUCAACAUUUUUCUUACUCUAAAUCUCUGACUGCAUGCAUUGGAAAAGGCCAAACAACCAGCAGUCAAAUGGCACCAGGAGCAGAGGAGGAAUAUUAACAUUAUUCCUAAUAUUAAUAUUAUUGACUGUUUAGAACUAAAUAAAAACUUUAUUGAUUUGCCUUUUACUUUUCUUCUUCAACCCAUCAUACAAUCAUCCUCUCAGGCCACAACUGCUUUUUUGGCAACAAAACUGAUUCAAGUGACUUCAGAAAACUGGAUCAAUUUAAACAACUGGAGUCCAUAAAUGGAACCAAGGGUAUUAUCUAGCAUAACACAUAAAGUUAAUGAUAAUGAAAUUACAUAUUAAUAAGCAGCUAUCUCUGAACAUUAGUAAAAUGAUGCUCAGUCAAACAACUCUUCAAGCAACCACCAGGAGAACUGAUUCCAUACUUUUGCUUUUGUCAUUUACCUAAGAUAUCAGACUUUGCAAUAGCUUUCAGAUGCUUUCUGGAGUGUUUUUGUUUUAAUAAUUCUUGAAAAAUGUUUUCUCUUUUUGGCAUUUUGAUAUCACUUCAGCCUGUUUGAGCAGACAGGCUUCUGAGAAAGGUUCCCAAAGCCUGAGUAUCAGUCAUGUCGUCAUUUUCCCAUCCUGUGACCAAACAUUUGUUCAGGAAUCUGUUUUAUUAUCAUCCAUGCAUCCAGUUUCUUCACCAGAGAAAUGUCGAGAAGUCCUGAUUAAACUGAAUGAAAAAAUGUACACUUUACGUUUGUAUUUGUUCACAAUAUGAUUUGAUAUAAUGAAUCUGUUAUUGUUUCUUCAUAAAAAGAUCCAGUUUUUAACCAUGCCAAUAACCUUUUCAUAGCCAUUGUAUAUAUUGUAAAUGAGCAUUGAAACGUUUGCACUUCAAACCGAGAUCAUCAUGUUCUCACAAAAGUACAAUUAGCCAGGUUAUUUUGUUUCAGAUUUACAAGUUUUACCACCCAUGAUGUAAUGCUUACACAAAUCUAGAAUGCUUUUGUUGGUGGAAGGGGGGGAUUUCCUGCAAAAAUGAUUCAUAACCAUAAUGUUUUUUUUUUUAAGCUUAUUACUGAAACUCAUGUCAGAAUCAAUAAAGUCAUGUGUUUAAGUCUACACGUAGAAACAGAAACAUAAUAUUGUGUUGAAACAAGUUGAGCAUGUGCUUGUGUUAUGAAAUAAAAUGUUCACUCUAAAGUCGGGUUGUGAGCUUUGUACAUUAAUCUGCCGUGACCAAUAAAUGCCACAGGAUAACAGC